AAAAAAAGAAAGCUGGGAUUCGACCCUGCCAGAAUCUCGGGCUCUGAUCGGUGCAAUACAUUUUAGCGUGAGAUCGUCUUUCUUUCCUCCUCUUUUCCCGGCCUGUCCAUUAUUUCCCCCCCUCUCACCACAGAGAAGUCUGUUUCUGUGUCCCCCCAAUCACCGGCUACGACGAAUCCAACCAACCGCUCACUUUACCACCACCAACCACCAUCUUUCCUCCAUCGGCCCUUCUUGAGCUUCCGGCCCCUCCAAACAUCCUCUUGCAGAAUCCCCUUCUGCCCCCUCUCCACUUUCCUUUCGCCCCCAUUUUCCUUACUACUGUGCUGCGCUUUCUCGACUCUGCAAAGGAAUUGGUACUCGCCGUACUGGGUCCCUGUCAGCGGUUUCGCCAACCUUCAUUUCUCUCUGCACGGUCGUUACCACUUGCAUUGACUACGCCUUCCAAUCCGUCCCCAAUUGGUCCCGCUCGCACGUCGUUUGGAGAAUAUGCAAUAGCCUUCGAGCGCCGUCUAUAUACCCUCGAAUUCACUUUUUGGGAACAACAAAUUCUACCGACGCAACCUGGUCUCCGAUAUACCUUCAUUCGAGCUUCUCCCAUCUCCCGGUUGAAACACGUUGGAGCUCCUGUUCUUGUCGCCAUGGACUCCGUCGCCCACCGACCGUGGGAGCGUGUCUCCUCGGGCCCUCAAACACCUGCCGCCUCGAAUCAGACGUUACCCUCGAUCUCGACGUUAACCGCGAGCAUGGGCACUGCCAUCAACCCGUCCGAGAAGUCCCCCGGCAACUCCUCCUUGAACACGAUCGAACGAGACUCGGGGAAUUGGUCAAUGCCGCAAAGCACAAGUAGGACUCCCCCCGGGGCGGAUUGGGCGCGGCAUGCUGACCCUUCAGGAUCCUCAACCUACUCGACCGCGACCAAUGGAACCGGCAACAACUAUCCAUCCCUCACGUUCCUGACCUCAACCUCCCAACCCUCCCCAAAUCGGGGCCACGUCGCGCCAGACCGGUCGCCGUACGCGCACGAUCAAUCAACGACUCCUUCCUCGGCCGGCGCGCAACAACCUUCGCCCAGCUUCAACACCACUCUGCCAAACUCGGCGCUCCCUUCGAUUAACCAGAAUUUUGAUGCCUCAUCGCAUCGCAACAGUGUAGCCGAGGUACCUGAGUCGCGUCGGAGUAGCGUGGAUAGUCGUGUGAACCAAGGCAUCAGUUCGUUGGCGAUCAACCCGGCCUCGCCGUACCACAGUACGAAUGCCUCGCAGUCCUCGAUCGUCUCGAGUCUUCAGCGAGAAAGGGGGAUUUCCACCGACAUGAACUCGUACCGGGGCCCGCGGUACUCGGGGGGUAGCCAGCCUUUGUCCCCCUUGGGACCUCGACCGGGCGAGCACCGAUCGUUCGCGGCUGGGCGUACGGCACCUGCGAUCUCGUCCAACCCGCGUUCGGAGAUUUACAACGCCGAGGCACCCACGGCGGGUAUGGCGUACGCUUUCCCGGAUCCCGAUGUUGCUCGAUCGAGCUCGAUCUCAUCCACGGAGAAGUCCAGCCAGCCUUUCUCUCGGAAGGGGAGUACGGCGGAGUCCCUGAACAGCAUGUACUCUGAGCGCAUGCCACGAGGACAACACGAACUACCUCCCAAUGUGCACCACCACUCGCUGCAGCAUAAACAGGUUCGCGAUCUAAUUGGGGAAUCCGAGUCCGGCGCCGGCAACACACCAUACAGUCGAACGCCCGAGCUGCGCGUCACGCACAAACUCGCAGAGCGCAAACGCCGCAGUGAGAUGAAAGACUGCUUCGAGGCUCUUCGCAUGCGCCUCCCGCAAACCCAGAACAACAAGUCCAGCAAGUGGGAGACGCUCAGCCGGGCCAUCGAAUAUAUCAACUCGCUCGAGAAGAACUUGGCCACUGCACGUCGCGAGAACUCGGUGAUGCGAACGGAAAUGGAGGAAAUGCGCGCUCAAUUCUCCCAACAACAGGCUCACGGCCCAUCGCGAUCGGGGUCUAUAUUCGAACACCACGCGAUGGCGACGACCCCGACGAACGGACAACCACCGGGUCCAGCCUUUGGCGGCUUCGGAAACGGGGCCGGUAUGGCCCCGGAGCAGCCGCGGACACUACCACCGCUCAUGAAUGGCUCGGCUGCGAUGCAGGGCAUUCAGUAUACUGAUGAGCGGCGGUAGAGUGGGACCGGGGCCCGGGGAAUCAACUGCGGGUUUUUGUGUUACCGGUACCCUUAAACUUUACCGAUUGCCAUGGGGACUCCAUGGAUGAGAAAUGACUAGUCAUGCUGCGAGACGCACUCUCAACCCCACGACUUCUUUUUUAUAUCACAUUGCCAUUCCAAGAUAUCCUCGUUAUUUAGACAUGGAAACCUGGACGGCGGUUUUUCGAGUAACCGAUUCGGGGCUUGAAAAUCCCAGGUUUCCUUUUUUCGUUUCCUUUCCGUCUCUUUUCUUUUUCGUCCCCCUUGUCUCUUCUUGGGGGAGGUGUGGCCUUCUUCUUCUGUUCAGUCCCGUCUUUGGACUCGGACUUGGCACUUGGCACUUGGUGCUCUGCGUAUUGUUCUUUUCCUUGUGUGUCAUCAAUCAUACCCGCAAUUGCUCCAUUGCUUCUCCACCUCAAACCAUUUUCCCUUCUUGGAUGUUUUCUUUCUUUUUCUUUCCGUCGUUCCUGCUCUGUUUGGCGGUCUGUGAUGUAACUGCUAUAGCGUCAUUGGUAUACUGCAUGUGUUGGACAUGAUUAGGGAGGGGGUCGGGUUGGACACUGGGAAUCGGGUUUUGGGCAUCUGGGAAUGACCAGUGUUUUGUGUUAGUAAUGUGUGCUUUUUUUUGCGUUCUCUCUCUCUCUCUCUCUCUCUCUCUCUCUCUCCUGUGUCCAACUCGAUUGCGAGUGUGUACCAAAUAUCCAGAAUCGUGCCAUGGGCACGCGAUUUGAUAUCCUCAUACUUUGUUUCCUUAUAUACUCUUGGGCCCGCACCACGAAGAAAUCCAAACCCACCUUGCUCGAUGACUAGCAAAC